CGUCCCUGUGGUCGAAGAGCGUGCUGGGCGCGUGGAGGACGGGAUUCCCCGGGGGAGCCCCCGGCAGGCUCGAGAGAUGGCGCCGCAGCAGAAACCCGAGGGCGACCCAGCAGGGAUCCCUUCGCCCUGUCCUCCGCGGUUCUUCACCUGGGACGAAAUCGGGCUCCGAACGAAACCAGGCGAUCCGAAUCGGGAGAUGUGGCUAGUGAUCGACCGGAGAGUGUACGACGUGAAGCGCUUCUGCGAGCGGCACCCGGGGGGAUCCAGGAUUUUGAACAGUCACGUCGGGGAGGAAGUUACGGAUGCCUUUGAAGCAUUUCAUGCUGACAAGUCACUGGUGAACAAGUUUCUGAAUUCACUAUUGAUUGGAGAGUUGGCAUCAGAUCAACCUACUUUUGAGCCCAGCAAAAAUGAAACACUCAUCAUGGACUUCCGGGAACUGCGCAGCACAGUAGAGAAGAUGGGACUCAUGAAACCCAAUGUCUUCUUCUUCUUGGCCCUCCUCUGUCACAUCCUAGUACUAGAUAUUGCAUCUUGGCUCAUCCUCAUCUACUUUGGGACAUCUUUACUACCCUUUCUUUUGUCUUUGAUUUUGCUCACUACAGCCCAGGGGGCCUCGGCCAAGUGGUGGAACCUUCUGCAUUCUCAACAUCAUGCAAAGCCCAACUGCUUCUCCAAGGAUCCAGAUGUGGACAUUCACCCUUUCUUGUUUACACUGGGGAAGUCCCUCUCUGUGGAAGAUCUGAUCUGCCAGUUCUCCCAUUUUGCCCGGUUAUUCUUGGUCCAAGCAUACAUACUAGGACCAAAGGCUUUCCUGCUAUACUACUUUUUAUUCAGGAUGAUGGAGAGCUCAUGGUUUGUCUGGGUAUCCCAGAUGAACCAUAUACCCAUGAAAGUUGAUUAUGAUGAGAACUUGGACUGGGUCUCUACACAGCUCCAGGCAACUUGUAAUGUUGAGCAGUCUUUGUUCAAUGACUGGUUUUCUGGGCACUUGAAUUUUCAGAUCGAACAUCAUCUUUUCCCCCGGAUGCCACGUCACAACUUGUGGAAGGCAGCCCCUCUGGUGAAAUCUUUCUGUGCAAAAUACGGUAUCGAGUACCAAUGCAAGCCUCUGCUGAGAGCUUUGGCAGAUAUUAUACACUCCUUGAAGGACUCAGGAGAACUCUGGUUGGAUGCCUAUCUGCAUAAAUAAGCAGUAUUGACUUUUCAGAGAAGAGGCCCACUGAGAAACUGAGGGCUUUUACCAUUUCCUU